AUGUCGAAACUACCAUCCACCACCCGAACUCUCGUGGCGCCGAAGAAAUGUCUUCCGGCAGAAUACGAGAUUAAGGACUUACCCAUGCCGACUAUCAACAAGCCUGAUGACAUUCUACUCCAAAUGAAGGCUGUUGGUAUUAAUACUGGGGAUACGCAGUUUGCAUCUGGGACGUUAUCCUUACUGCAUAGCGUGAAAUAUCCCUUUCCUAUCGGCUGCGAAGGCUCUGGUGUAGUCAUAGCUGUUGGAUCUGCCGUCACGGACUUCAAAGUUGGCGACGCAGUGUACGGCGCAGAACUUGAGAAACCUUUCUUCUCUCGGCCUCCAGCGGCAUGGGGUUCGGAGUACACAGUAACGGAAGCCAAGUUUAUUUAUAAGAAGCCUGACGUUGUCUCUUUUGAAGAGGCUGCUUCUACCCCUGGCCUGACAGCGACUGCGUACCAAGUCAUCAAGCGUGGACUGCAACUCCAAGGCAGAGAUAGCCUAGCAGGACAGACGGUUUACAUACCUGCUGCCCUUAGCGCGUCUGGCUCUACGAUGAUCCAAGUUGCCAGGAACUAUUUCGGCGUUGAGAAGAUCAUUUCGACUGUGUCUACACCCAAGAUGGACCUCGUGGAGAAGUUUCUUCCUGGCAUGGUCAGCCAACUGUACGACUAUAAGACACAAGACGUCGUCAAGCUCAUCGGCAGCGGGACAGUUGACUUUGCGCUGAACACACAAUUCACCACUUUGAACGAGUGCAUAUCCCUUCUCAAACCAGAUGGUAUUCUGAUGAGCAUCGCAAGUCUUCCCAAGAGCGAUGUGAUACUAGAGAUACUAGGUCCGAAACUGUUCCCAGCCUGGCUGAGUUGGAUUCUCGACUUUCUGCAGCUGUGGUACACGUGGAAACUGCGUGGCACAAACAUCAAGUACGAGUUUGUAUCGGGGAAUCCGGGCAUUCGGGAGGACAUGAGGGUGGUGACGGAUAUGGUUGCGCAGGGAAAGGUCAAGCCGAUCUUUACGGCGGUGAGUUUGGAUAAUUUGGGGGAGGUAAGGGAGGCUUGCGAGAGGGUUCGUGUUAGUAAGGGAGGAUUUGGGAAGUUGGUGAUUCGUAUCUAG